AACAUCUUUUACACUCCCACUGGUGUACUCUGGCAUUCUUCGCCUCAAUCGGGUCAUUUGUUUCUCAUUUGACUACGAUCCCGGUCUUUUAAUAUCAAAAUGGAGCAGGUGUUAUGCAAAUAUUGCAAUAAUCCCCUUGAAGAAAUGUGCUGCACUUACUGCAGAACAGCUUAUGUCUUUUAUAAAAACAAUAAUCCCAAAGAUGCGCCUGGAUUGCUCAAGUUCAUCGCAGGGGAUCUCUCAAUUCUGGCUGAAAGUAAAGCAGGAUUCUGUUUGAUUUGCAACGAGCUGAUGAACCCUGACGAAAUUUACAAACACGCAGAUGUAGGGCACUCAGAAAUGGUAAUGAGACCCUUCUUCUUUUUCGACAUAGACGGUGUGGAAUCAGCAAUCCCUGCUGGGGUAGACGUAGACCAUUUAAUUAUAUGUCCGGAUUGCCAUAAUGUGGUGCUAAAAUUCAUGCUCACUCACCACGAGUGUCCGAUUGUUUCAUCUAAUACAAAGGGUCAAGACAUGCCAGGAAUGCCUGAUGAGGCCGCAGGUCCAGAUCCCAGCAUGAAGACAUUACCUCCUUCAGAUCAAAGGUCAGUUGACUUGGGCCCAAAAAAUGGGCCAAAAAGACCCGGUCACGCGAUCAAUGUGACUGAAGAGAGAAAGAAAGAGGAGGACACAUUCAGAUUCAGAAAUACUCAGGCUUUCGAGUACGGGUUUGAUUUCCUUUUCAACCAACAGCUGACGUUGAGAACAGACGAGGAAGUGGCCAAGGUUCACAAAUGGCCAUUGAAAAAACUCAAAGAAGGCGAGGAAAAAGAGACCAAGCAAUGACUUAAUUUCAAGUGA